AUGCCUCAGCCACUAGAACAAGCGGUAGGUAAUGGCGGCGAUAAGAGCAAGAGCACUGCUCGAGGUCGGUUGCGCCCCCUUCCUUCGAUUCCUUUGCAAUGUUUGGUCCCAAUCGAAGGCAAACUGUCCACGGACGCCGAUUUAUCAGCUCGGAAUGUCACUCAUCGAUCUCCCGAGUUGUUCAAAGAGAUUGUCGCCAAGUCUUCGCAGAUUUUGAAGAAAAAAAUGGGAAGCGGAGGUUCUGUAUCAAGUGCUCAACAUUCGGUGUCGACGCAGUUCAGUCGAGGCUACGCGUACUACCGUUUGCAGCAAUAUGCUCAAGCUGCUGAAGAUUUCCUGGAGUGUUCACGCAGUGAUCCGGAUCAUGCCGCGUCCGCACUGUACAACCGCGGCUGCGCGUUGUACAAAUUGAGGCGACAUGCUGAAGCAGUCAAGGACUUGAGCAAAGCACUGAAACUGGAUUCGAAGAAUCCGCUUUUUGUCGAAAGUCGAGCUCGAGUUCUCAAGGAAAUGGGGAGAUUCAAAGAAGCCAUCUUCGACUACUCUUGGCUCGAAACACUUCCCGCGUUGGCGUAUGAAGCCCAAGAAAGCAGUGCGAAAGCUUGGCUCGAACAGUUCUUAAACCAGAAUCCAGGAAGAACACGUAGUCGAAGUGAUGUGGCUGAAGCAGCACGGCUAGCUCGUUGUUGGGGAUUUUUCCGCGGCAUGCGACUGGCUAUGGUCGAGCGAUGUAUGAGGGAGGCCACGUACUACCGCUUCGAGAAUGACCAAAUUGUCGUCGAACAAGGAAGGUUUUCGUCAAGUUUCCACGUUGUGCUGGAUGAUGUAGCGUCACUAGUGAAGACUAUUACGUUCCAGGGUCCAAGUCUGCGCGAGCUUAACACACUGUACCAAGGUGAUACAAUUAGCCUUGAGCCGUCAAGCGCGACAAACGCUGACGGUCGACUUGUCAUGCUUCGAAAUCGAGCGCAACGACAGCAAAUGCUGCGUCCUCGUAUGGGCUCAAUCAGCUCCCCACUACUGCCAUCAAUGCGUUCAUUGAGUGGCUUUCAACUAAACGGGUUGGGCGCUGCAGCUCGGACAGCUCCGAACACGCUACGUCCGAAAGAACUGGCCACUUUUUCCUGUAUGGGCGAGGUGAGCUGCAUGCUGUUGGAUGUGGAUAUUUACUUGAAUAUCCUACGGGAACACGAGGAACGAGUGCUGGAAGAGCGGCUGCAAUUCCUGCAUCGCUGUCACGCUUUCGGGACGUGUUCCGAAGAAAUGCUGACAGCUCUUGCUGCAGUUUCCGGAUCAACACUUGUCGAUCCGAAUAAAGACGCAUUGAAAGCUGGCGAGGUGGUGAAGCAGCUCUAUGUUAUCAAGAAAGGGGUAUGUCACUCCGAAGACGCGCUUACGUCUCGCUCGAGUGAUGGUUCUUGGGUGCUGGACAACGGCUGGAUGCUUACGAACCCUCGGCUUGUUAGCAAUGCACAAGCGCUCGUUGCUGCAAAGCAGCAACGCUCGGAGGAAGUGACGGUCGCUGUGCUUGCGACUGGUCAACUUUUUGGAGAGCUGAGCGUCUUGCAGCCAGGGCAACACUCGCCCGUCACUGUUCGCACUCAGACGCUCGUCGAGUUGCUUGUCUUUGAAGAGGAAGACUUGAGUCAAUUACGAGUGCAGUAUAUGAGUGGCACGAUGAAUUCGUUGCAGGAAUCGCUGCUGUUUCAUAACCCUCCGCAGCAGAAACUGACACAGCUUCGCUGCGAUCUGACACACUGGACGCGUGAGAAGCGCAGUGUGCUGGAAGACCUUUUCCCUCCGGACUCGCCAGUGACAAAGUCCCCGAAAAAGAGUCCGAAGAACAAGAAAGCACCAAAGGCAAAGAAGACAGAGCUACCAGCUACGAAGGCUGCUGUAACCUCUCAUCCUCGUCCUUUGACGUCACCGAGCAAUAAACCAGCGAGGAAGAAGGAGCAAAACCCUCGUAGGAGCAUGAUUUACUAG